GUGUGUUUUUCAGCACAUUUUUGAUGGGGCGUGCAUGCUAGAGAACAAAAUGCCUGUCACCUGAUUCUCAAGAUGCCAGCAGCUACCUAAGCGGAUUCCUUUAGCUAGAUUACAGCUGCAAAUUGGGGUAAAUGUUUAACUGGGAUCUUUGGAGUUUGUGGCUCUGGAUUUGUCUUAUUCAUAACCCAACCUUUGUCUUUAUUUUUCUUCACAUGAUUGGAAGCACACUGGUAGAAAGGAACAACGGCAGGUGCUGUUCUUUGAGGGCCUGCUAUGGAGUUUGGAGAAAAUUUUGCUUAUAUAAAAAACUAAAGUGACCAGUUGGUCAUAAAUGAAGAGACAGAGCAAUUAGUGUCUCCUAAACUCAUCACAUAGGCCAAACCCAAGAAGCAUGACUGAACCCAGUGAUAACUACAGGCUGAUAAACAUGGAAGGGAAUAAACUCAGUCACUCACAGAGUUACCAAGAGAACCUUUCAGCAGAGAUAAAAAGAAUGCAAAAAAGAUUUCUCCAGAAAGAUGGAAGCUGCAAUGUGUACUUCAAGCACAUCUUUGGGGAGUGGGAGAGCUAUGUGACGGAUAUUUUUACCACACUAGUGGACAUCAAAUGGCGCCAUAUGUUUGUGAUCUUUUCAUUGUCUUACAUCCUUUCCUGGUUGUUCUUUGGCUUAGUGUUUUGGCUGAUUGCGCUCCAGCAUGGAGACUUAGUGCUUGAUGAUGAAAGAACCCCUUGUGUUGAUAACGUCCACAGUUUUACAGGGGCUUUCUUAUUCUCCUUGGAAACCCAGACAACCAUUGGCUAUGGAUCCCGUUGUGUCACUGAAGAUUGCUCUGCAGCAAUUCUGACAGUUGUCCUGCAGUCCGUGUUAGGGUGUAUCAUUGACACGUUCAUCAUUGGAGCUGCCUUGGCAAAAAUGGCUACUGCUCGAAAGCGAGCGCAGACCAUCCGCUUCAGCUACUAUGCCACAAUAGGUUUAAGAGAUGGCAAACUCUGCUUGAUGUGGCGUGUAGGUGAUUUCCGACCCAAUCAUAUGGUAGAAGGCACGGUGAGAGCCCAGCUCUUGAGAUAUGUGAAAGACAAAGUGGGGAGGAUGACAAUGGAGUACAAGGAUUUGAAACUAUUAAAUGACCAGAUCAUUGUUGCUACCCCAGUGACAAUUGUACAUGAAAUUAACCAGGACAGCCCACUGUAUGAUCUGGACAGGAAAACUCUGGCUAAAGAAAACUUUGAGAUCCUGGUUACAUUUGUCUAUACUGGAGACUCAACUGGAACCUCACAUCAGUCAAGGAGUUCAUAUGUACCUCGAGAAAUACUUUGGGGGCACAGAUUUAAUGAUGUUUUGCAGAUGAAGAAGAAAUACUACAAAGUCAACUGUCUCCAGUUUGAAGAAACUACAGAGGUUUAUGCACCCUAUUACAGUGCCAAGCAGCUAGACAGAAAAGAGCAAGGAUAUACAACUUUCGAAAAGGCAAAGGAUGGAGAACCUGGAACAUCAUCUUCAGGACUUAGAGUCCGAUCAUGUAGUGCUGAUGCUUUAAUCACCCAUUCUGAAAUUUCUGAAGGUUCAGUCCAAAUGACCAAGCAAGCUAAUGAGGCAGAGUUACACUAUGAAAAAGCUCUUGUGACUAUAAGUAGAAUCUCAAUGGAAUCCCAAAUCUAAAGUGGAGUGGCUGCUGCUGCUACAACUUACCAUGCUGCCACAAUUUUCAAAUGCACAAGUUUUAACUAAGUACUCAAGGACAAGAUCCCCAAAUCACAAGAUGAACAGCAAAUUCAUUCACAUCAUCUAUACUUGACUUUAAAGGCCAAACUUCCUUUUGCCCACCAUGGAGCCACCUCUGGGCUGAGGCAGUUGUAUCUGUUGCCCCAUGCCUUUUCAAGUGCCAAAAUGACUGCACCUUCCUAUAGCUGUUUCAGCCUUUGUAACGGUGCAGAAGGAGGUGGGGUGGGAACAAAAGAACCUCAGAUUGCUGCAUGGCAGAAUCAGGUCCUCACAGAAAUGUUCCUGUGGACACAAUGAUGCCUUCAUGUCUACCUGUCUAGACUGACCCUAACUGGCACUCAUGUUCUGCAGGUGUCUUAAUAUUACUCAUCUCAUAAGAUUAUUCCUGUGACAAGUCGUACAAUUUUUCAUAUCAGUAACAGUAUUCUUU